UGACGAGAUAGACAGGUAUGGAAUUUCUCAGUUUCUUUCACAGGAUUUUUCCGGAGCUUCCGUAAUGUUUCUCUGAUAGAACUGCUUCAAAAGGAAAGUAUGAACUCCUAAAACUGUAAGGGAGCACGUGGAACCUGACCUCUGCACAAAAUAUGAAAGCAUUGUCACGAGCACAUAUGCUUCAGAGGUUUCAGCAGCACUGCCAGGCACUGAGCAAGGAAAACAAUGCUGGGUAUCGCCAGGAAUUUGAGGGUCUGAAUAGUGUGGGACGGGAUCUUACAACUAGGGCUGGACAAUUGGAUGCAAACAAAGGCAAGAAUAGAUACCCUCUCAUCCUGCCUUAUGAUCAUUGUAGGGUGAGACUGGCCCUGCUGAGCUCCCAGCUGCAUUCUGACUACAUCAAUGCCAGCUAUGUCCCUGGUGGUGCGUCGGCACGUGAUUUCAUCUGUACCCAGGGCCCCCUUGAGAGCACACAGGCAGACUUUUGGCGUAUGGUGUGGGAGCAGAAUGUGAGGGUUGUCAUCAUGUUAACACCCUGUAAAGAAAACCACAAAGUGCUCUGUGAGCCAUACUGGCCACAGGAGAGGGUGUCAGUGUGUUACGGCGGGGUGCAGGUGACCACACUGUACCAGCAGCGUGGCCCAGAGUCUGUUAUCACCACGAUGCACCUGCGCCAGGCGGGUAGUUCGGCUGAGAGGAGAGUAACACAUUACCACUACCCAGGCUGGCCAGAUCAAGGAGUUCCCCAAAACCCAGCCUCCAUUUGCGCCCUUGCUGAGCUUGUCCGGAAGCACAUCAACUCCAUUCAACACAUUGGUCCCAGCAUAGUCCACUGCAGUGCAGGGGUGGGGCGCUCGGGGGCGUUCGUGGCCCUGCUGUGGCUGAUGCAGCUGUGUGCACGUGGGGUACCCCCCAACGUGAGAGCGGUGGUCCAUGAUCUGCGCAGACACCGAAUGCUGAUGGUGCAGAACCUGGAACAGUAUAUAUUUGUUCACAACGUUCUGAAGCACUGGCUGGGUGAUGACAAGUCGGGACACGGACCCCGGGUCGCCCAGGAUAGUCGGGGUCCUCAGCCUGACAAAGAGAGGCAUACUCGUCGCACCAGCCAGGACGGCCACUCAUCGUCAGCUCGCAGGGACAGGGAUGACCAAGAAAGGUCACGACAUCCCCAGCACCAUAAUCCGAGGCAAGAGCAGGGCAGCACCAGCAAACUGCAUCUUGGGAACCUCCUGAGAAAACUGUGGCUAGAUUCAACUUCACAGACCUGAAAGUGUACAAAAAAAAACACUUCUUCCACAUUUCUCUACCAGCGUAAUAUGACUCCAAGGAAGAUUCUCAAAGCAGUAAGCAGUUUUUCUGGUUCUUCAGGCUGUCGUUCAUUCCCCGUGACUGCUAUGACACUCUAGCUGUGUCAUAAGCAAUCACGCAAUCAGAAAAGAAUCCACCUCCCUUUCUACCUCAUUUUAUACCAUUUAGAACCAUACCAAGUCCUGUCAAGUGGUUCAUCCACACCAUCGGGUGUCUGUGGGCCAAGGUCUGGAAGAUGCAUGUAUAUUGCACAUGGAGGACUGAUAAAAUGUUCUGUGGUCAUUUUUUAUAUGUAUAAAACCUCUUUUUCAAAAUGCUGGCGUUUGUGGUGUCUGAUAGUGUGCGCGCACACAAAAUGUAAAAUUUAUACACGAUAACAUUGCACUUCACAGGUUUCCAUGGAAAUCCAAGCAUAAAUGAAAACUGGGCAAUAUGUGUGGAAUGUGUUAUAUUGCAUGAACAAGAAAACUUCUGUCUGGAGAGAUUAAGGAACACUUUUACCCAGAAAACUUGUUUUUAAGAAAAUUUGAACUUUAAGACCUUUUUUUGUUUUUGGGAGUCUUGGGUUUAUGCCUGCUCUGAUAAAUUUAGGUUUCAAUCAGGUGGCAAUAAUUUGACCGGUUAAGAGUGAUUAGCAAAUUAAAGAGGCCAUUAAUCGGUUUUUAAAAUGCAACAUUCGAGGGAACGCAAUGAGAAAUGGCUGAAUAUUCCAGUUGGGAGGGUGCGUAUAUGGAAGGGCGAUAUGAGAUCUGCAAUACAUCCCAGGGGAGUCAUUUCACUCAGUAUCUGAUACUGGAAAAAUACCCAAACAGCAGUAAUGGUACAGCCUUAAGGCGUUUCCCAAAAAUAAGAUGGAGGGCGACAUAGCUAAGGAGGUAAGAGCGGGUGUCUGGCAGUCGGAGGGUUGCCGGUUCGAUCCCCGCCCUGGGCGUGUCGAAGUGUCCCUGAGCAAGACACCUAACCCCUAACUGCUCUGGUGAAUGAGAGGCAUCAAUUGUAAAGCGCUUUGGAUAAAAGCGCUAUAUAAAUGCAGUCCAUUUACCAAUUUUCACGAAUUUCUCAAAAGCCCCAAAUAGAAACAAAAAAAAGGCACAGAAAAGCGGACAGGGCAAAGGCAUUCAACAGACUGCCCGACUCCCUGCCGUCAGGCAUGGUAAAUAAUAAGCACACGCACACACAUCAAGGGGCUCACUGUACAAAAGGCAUGUUUGAAAGCACGUGCGUCGCCAUUCUCCAUAAACGACUACAAUACCAAUACAUACAAUAGAUAUAGAUGGAAAAAAUAAAAA